GAUGCUCUUACUAUCCAAUUAGCGGCUCCUUUAGAUACACGUACUCUCUAGUAGCUGGAUAAUCUGCAUGCAUGUCACAACAACUCACAUUAGUCAUAUAGUUAUAUAUCUAAUCUCUUCAUAUAUGUUGUCGAAUUAAUCUUUCAUCUUAUUAUAACCCAUGUAAGGCACAUAACUUUGAAGCGUAACACUAAUAAAAGCCAUACAACGUCACAAUUCAACUUUUAAUUAAUCUCCUUAACCAUAUUCUUAUGAAUGACUCUACGUCCCUUUCCAAUUUUUAAUAUCUCUACAACUGUUUUUUUCAAUUCAAUAUAUUAUAUAUAUUCAUGCAAAGGUAUAUAUAUAAUUACCAUUUCAGACAAAUUUAAGAUUUCUAGUAAUGGAUGUGAUCAAUCGAUCGACAACUAUUCUUCUCCUCUCAUUUAUUAUUAAUUAAUUUAUAUUAUAUUUGUUUUUCAGACAGGUCUAUUUUGUGCCAAGCUAAAUAACGUUACACGUGUAAACGGCCAAGCCCCACAUAUGUACUACUUCCAAGUUCUUCAUUUGGCGUUAUCGAUGAUCCACGCAGUACGUACAUGGAUUCGAAUGUGUAUAUAUAUUCAAAUAUUAACAUAUAUAUAUACAUACAUAUUUAUGAUAGAAAUCUUCAACAAUCAAGAAAAUGAAAGCUAGUAACAGUUAGAACCACUGGUUAGAGACAGUAUAACCUUCCUCAGAUAUAGACGUACGUGGUUUGUGUUAACCCUAAGGAUUGGGUAUAGCUGAUCGUCACUCAAUCUCUCCUUAUUAAAACCCCAUCAUCUCCCAAAUACUUACCUCUUCACAAUUUUAUUCCUUAUCUCAUAAAUAUUCAAAGCAUUAAUUUAACAAGAUGGACGUUUGGUCAUGGAUAUGUGAGUUGCCUAACUCAGAUCACUACUGGACCGAGUCAAAUCCAUCAUUUGAACUAGCCACUACCGCUGCAUCGACUCAGCUCAACAGCCUAACUCGGUCUAUUCAACUCAGGGCCGAGAAAUCGUCAGGCUCCAACAUAGAUGAACUAGUAACGUUCUCUGUUUGUCUUCAGGGCUUUCACAGCUCCCAAAACAUAAUAUGGGUUUCUGACACGUGUUCACUCUCAUCCGAUGAGCCAUUUCUUCCUCUGGUUCUUCAGCUUCUUCAAGAAAUUAUCUCUCGUUCACCCACUGCGCAAGAUAGCACCUGCCCACGUUCUCAGCUUCAGAAGCUGAAACCCGACGUCGUAUCAUGGAUUAUGGAUUCUCACACGUCAGAGUCUUUUUCUACCUUCUUCAAUCUCAUUCUCCUCACGCGCCUCUUCUGGGUGUGCGCGUUCGAUUCCCCCACCGAAGUCGGAUCCUUCUACUUCCGGUCCUUGUUAGCUCCCAACCUUGAAACUACGUCGUUUAAUAGCUCACCGGCUUUGAAGACGUUUUUCUUAACGGUAGGAGUAGAUGCUGAGCUGUGUUUCAUGCGCACCCUCGGGUACAUGUUAGCAAAAUGGUAUAUUUUAAGGGAAGUGGGCGUAGGAUUACAAACGUUAACUCCGUUAUUGUCGUCUCCGAAAGUCGGAUUCUCUUACGCGACGGAGUCUCAUGGAUUUUGGGUUCUCAAGGGGUACGCGCCUGUCUGGGGGAUGAAACUCACACGCCCCAAAACUGAGAUGAGUAAGAGUAAUUAUUUCCCGGCUUUUGAAGCGAAAGACGCGGUUCUGAAAUACGCGCUGGCGCACCAGCAACUAGAAGUAGUUAUUCAGUUGGAAUACACGGUUGGAUUUUACGAAGGGUUGAUUCAGGUGAACGCGCGCGUAGACAACCUUCGCGUCCACGUGGUACAACUCGGGUACAACAAAGACGAUGACGUGGAGUUCGGGGAAGAGAAGCAUUUCCCGUCGAGAAUAAGAGUUUGGGUUGGGCCAGAAGUUGGAGCAAACUACGUGGCGGGACUGAGUCUGGGCCGGUCCACCAACAAUGGGGAGAGAGAGAUCGUGGCCCAGAACAUAGUGAAGGGCAGUUUCGAAAAUUCAAAGUCUCCGAAUAAGGUAAAAACCACGGCGAUGACAUCAAAUAGUAGGAAGCAAAGCAAUUGGCGUUGGGACCAGGAUGCGGAGGGGAACGCGGCGGUGUUCGAUGCUGUGUUGCAUGACAACGUCACGGGGCAGGAAGUAGCGGGGCGUAGGUCAUCACCGAAGGGUGGCGAUAAUUGUUACGAGGGGUUGAGGGAGCGGUACAGUGGUGGGAGUAGGGUGUUUACGAAGAAAGGAGGGUUGGUACUAGCGGGAGAUGAGUAUGGACAAGGAGUGGGGUGGAGAUUGAGUAAAGAGAUGGAAGGGAGUGUGUUGAAGUGGAGAAUUGGCGGUCAAGUUUGGUUGAGUUAUUCGCCUAAUCAGAUUAAGAGUUCUCAUUUUGAGACGAGGUGUGUGGAGUGGUGUGAUGAGGUUGACUUGCCUCUCAUUCCUUCUAAGUUGUUUUCUUAUUGAGUCUGAAAAUAUUAUAAGCCUCUUGUAAAAAGCUUGUCUUUUUAGUAUUAUCUUAAAUAUGGACACUUUAUAUUCAAUUACACGUAGUAAAGCAUGUAUGUUGUAUAUAAAAAAUGUUAUUAAAUGAAUUAUAGGAGUGCGUAGAAGUGAGUGUA